AUGCCAGGCCUCACGAAAUCCAAAUUCCAGCACCCAACCUCCGUCCCGACCUUCCAUCCGGGCUCAACGCCCCACGAAAUCGCCAACGAGCCGGACUGGUCCUUGAAGGGGUGGCACAACCAGCACAGAAUUGGCUUCCGGAACGCCAGCGGUCGGUACGCAGGUAUUACACACAUCGGCGAUGAACUAGCUGAGGAUCCGGACAAGGUCCGUGAGGCGAAGGAGAACAUAAAGGAGCUGAAGGACAAGGUGCGGAAAGGGGAACUCGUGGAUUUUCGGGAGAUGAUUGAGGAUGAGAAGAGGAGGGAGACGUUUCAUCUGAAGCAUCCGGGCAAAAGACCGCCGGGCUGGCGAUAUGUGCCGAACUUUACGGAGGAUUGGGUGAAGAUGAAGCAGGAUUGGCCGACGAAUGUACGACGGAAACAGAAGAAAGAAGAGGAGCACGGCGAGAAGGAGAGGCAGGAGAAAGAGCAGAAGGGCGAGGGCAUGGCGGUUGGAGGCGAGAACGACGAGAAAUAUGGCUACAUGGUCGACGGGGAACAGGAGGAUAGAGCGAAGGCAGGAGAAGAAAAGGAAGACAUGGACGGCGAGCAGGAGCAGCCAGAGGGCAAGGAUGACAAUAGCCGAGGUGUAAGCGAGCAACAGGAUCAAUAUACCCCGGAAGAACGCGCUUUUCUUCGAGCACUGCAGCACGAAAAGGAGCACAGUAUCCACCUGAAGCAAAACAACGGCAAAGGGAGGUCGCCGGCACAGAACAACCCCUACACCACCAUCGACGAGGCAGACCAAUUCACGCCCGACAACUGGGUUCCCCGAUCGCCGGAGCUGGUUCGACUAACCGGGAAGCUCCCCCUAAAUGCUGAGCCCAAUGUAUCAAGGCUCUACAACGCUGGCCUAAUCACUCCAAAUGAGCUGCACUACGUCCGCAGCCAUGGCCCUGUCCCGAAACUCGUCUGGGAGUUCCACGAGAUCGAUAUCGAAGGUGGCCGGAUGAAGCUCAGCAUGGAUGACCUAACGACCAAAUUCGACGUCAUCAACAUCCCCAUCCUAUUGGCCUGCGAUAACACGCGACGUCGCGAGCUGAACAUGGUCAAGUCCACAACGGGCUUCAACUGGGGUCCAGGAGGCGUGGGCUGCGCAUACUGGAAAGGACCGCUGCUUCGAGACGUCCUCCUUGCCGCCGGUGUACCGGAGCGCAUGCCCGACCAAGACAACCAACGGUAUUGGGUGCAUUUUGAAGGAGCCGACGAGCCGAGCGAGGGUCGUUAUGCGACAUCUAUACCAUUCGAACAUAUCAUGGACCCCAAGAACGACGUGAUCCUGGCUUAUGAAAUGAAUGACAUGCCGCUACCGCCAGACCACGGAUACCCUGUCCGAUUGAUGAUACCGGGAUACGUUGGAGGGCGCUGCGUGAAGUGGCUACACAAAAUCUGGAUCAGCAACAAGGAGAACGACUCGCACUAUCAUAUCUAUGAUAACCGGAUGCUGCCGACUUUUGUGACGGAUGGAGAUAGCGAAUUUGCAAAGUUGCUCUUCUCGCAUCCUGAUACCGCGUGCUAUGAGCAGAUCCUGCAGUCGGUCAUUGCUAAGCCGGCCCAGGGCGAGAGGAUCGCAAUGAGCGAUGCGCGGAAGGGGAAUAUGUAUCGCAUUGCAGGAUUCGCGUAUAGCGGAAGUGGCCAUCGUAUACGUCGUGUGGAGGUAUCUCUCAACGGCGGCAAGACAUGGCUCUACUGUAUCCGCCAAUAUCCUGAUUGUCCCGUACGCCAUGACAACAAAUUCUGGACGUGGGUUCAUUGGUACGUAGACGUCGAAAUCCUCCAGCUCGCCAAAGCGGAGAGCAUAAUUGUCCGAGCUAUAGACAGUUCGAAAAAUACUCAGCCUGAACAUCCGCGCUGGAAUAUCUCGGGCUCAAUGAAUAAUUGCUGGUACGUCGUGAAGCCAGAGAUGGUAUACGACGAGGACGAGAAUAACACGUCCCAGCUGAUGUUCCGGCAUCCAGUUGAGCCUGGAACCGGAGACGGGGGCUGGAUGGAGCCAAGUGCUGAGGUACAGAUGAAAGCAGCGAAGCAGGAUGCGUCCGCGCCGCAAAAACAAUUUACGCGCGAAGAGAUCGAGAAGCACAACACUGAGGAGGACUGCUGGAUUGUCGUCAACGAUAAGGUCUACGACGCAACUAGCGUACUGUCCUGGCAUCCUGGAGGAAGCGCGCCGAUUCUUGCCCAUGCAGGUAGGGUUCACCACGAAACGUCAGAAGAGUACGCGAGUAUACAUGACGACUACGCCACGCAGAAGCUACAGGAGUGCAUCCUAGGUGUCGUAACCGACAAAGCAAAGAAUUUCAUCGAGAAAAACGCUGAAGAAUCUAGGAAACAAAAGGACCAGUCCCCCGGAACAGACAAGCAAGCGUUACAGAGGCACCGCUGGGUCCCUGUCAAGUUGACCGACCGUAAGGAAAUCAACCGAGACACUCGCAUCUACACCUUCGAGCUCCCCAAAGGCAAACCCCUGCUGAACAUCGGCGCUUGCCAGCACAUUGAAGUCGGGUUCCACCUGAACGACAAAAUGCUCAUCCGUCCUUACACACCAACCCGUCCGCUUCUUCCCCCGCUAGAGGAUGAAUCUAAGAAGAAUGACAAGUUAAGCGAAUACCGCGACGGCCAGGGCUCGUUUCAGCUCACUAUCAAGACCUACUUCCCCAACGACGAUCAGCCAGGCGGCGCAAUCUCCAACAUUCUCGACGUCCUGCCCAUCGGUGAGGAUGUCGAUAUCCGCGGCCCAACGGGCGACAUCGUCUACGAGGGCUUCGGUAACUUCACUGUCGCUAGCCAGAAGCGUACAUUCAAACGCGUAUCACUUGUCCUCGGUGGCAGUGGCAUCACACCGGGUUAUGCACUCAUCGCCCGAAUUCUUCUGACGGAAGGCGACAAGACCGAGAUCCGGGUUAUCGAUGCAAAUAAAACGCCUGAGGAUAUCUUGUUACACGACGAGUUGAUUCAAUUCGAGAAAGACCGGCCAGACCAGUUCAAGAUUGCGCAUGUAAUCGCAAGCCCGGGCGAUAAUUGGGAUGGGCUGACGGGGCAUGUCAAUGAGAAGAUUCUCAAGGAACACCUGUUUGACCCGAAAGAGGAGAAUGUGGUCAUCCUCUGCGGACCACCCAUGAUGAUAGAGAAGGCGGUUUUGCCAGUUCUCGAUGAUUGGGGCUAUGUCCGCGAUGUAAACAUGCUCGGCCUCUGA